CUUCAUUCUUCUCUAAUCCUCAGCCUCUGUUCCUGCUGCUCUCCCGACACAGGCAGUGCCGGAGCUCAUGACAGCUCAGACUGAUUCCUCUCCUGCUGAAUCCUCGGAGGAGCUCGCUCGAUUUCGCAAAGCAUGGAAAGAGGAAGUGCGCAGGAAGAAGGCGGCAGCGGUAGGUCCGUCCAAGGCCGCAGGAGGAGGCUGCUCCGAAGAGCGGUCCCUUGAGGUCCUGCCUCAGGCGAGCGUGCACCCUGCGCAGAACUACCACCCCAUCCAUGCUUCCCGGGUCACAGACACGACCUCUGCGCCGGUCGGCCCCAAGCUACAAAGGGCUGUGGAGGUCUACCGCCGCGCCGCGCUUUGCGAGCAGCAGAGCAACCUCGAUGAGGCCCUCGAGCUCUACCGCAUCGCGUUCCGCAUGGACCCCAACAUCGAGGCACAGUUCUACGCCAAGACAACCGUUCCCUCCGCUGAGCAGCCUGCGCAAGCGACCUCGAGCGCGAAGAGAGACCCGGUAGAUGAAGUGACGCACGGCUUGAAGGCGUCAGACAUUCAUACAGCUGUCGUCCCGGCCAAGGAAGGUGGAGAUGCGGUCCCGCAGGAUUCCUUGGCUAGUAUCAUGGCGGAAUGGCCACACGAUCUACAGUUUCUGCCGGAGGACGAACAACAGUCUGUUGAGAUACAGAAAUUGCCUGUCGAGGUACUCCUUGUGGUUCUGCGCAAGCUCAACACGACUACUCUAGAACGCUUCGCCUUGGUGAGCCGCAAGGCUCGGGUACUGACCCUGGACAUGAGCAUCUGGAGAGAGUUUGUGGAAGCUAUCUACAAACCCCCACAGUUACGCGACAUGGAGGAGCUGGACACGGUGUAUAUCGAACAUCCUCGUGUGCGGCUGGACGGUGUAUACAUUGCGAUUUGCCACUACACGUAUGUACAUGUCCUAUCUCCCAAUAGAGCGGGUUCGUUCCAAGUCGUACUGUAUGAUGGAGGAGGGAUUGUGAAUGCCGGCGCAGCAGACACCACUUAUGACGCUGGAGCUGCGCUCGCGGCCGGUGGCCGGUGGAACCGCCUGAACUUCCUUGCGUACGACUCGGUGAACAUUGAGAGCGGGGAGGUGUCGCCGGUGCCGCUGAAGCACGAUCGGGGCUUCCACUUUUCGAAAGUGCGGUCGUAUGCGUAGGGUGGCCGUUGUCCAGACGGGGAUUGUGUCAGGAUGUACUAGUAGCUGAGGGCAAUUGCUAGACGAAAUGGUGGACUGUACGAUUCUACGAAGCCGAACUGCUUCCGACGGUGACAAGCGCCUGUGUAAUGUGGUGACGGUCGCUUGUUUGGGCGGAGGCAGGUUGUUGUGUC